CCUCUCUACGCUGACUGUGCGUGUUAUCUGGUGCCAGGCAUGCCUUUUCGGCGAUUCCAUUGCAAGCAGUCGAGGCGAUUCAUCAUUCAUACGGGUUGGGAAGGAUUAGGAAGGAUGGGAAGGAUGUCCAUCCACUUCAGGCAAUGCACCCCUUUUUCGUGAUUCAUCACUCGCUCAUAUACUGUACUACAUAUGAUUGUCCGCCCGUACAUAUACAUACGUGUAUAUGUCCACACACACACACAGAGAGAGAUACAAGGACAGGAAGCUGUGCUGUGCGUGUGACUCCUCUCUCUCUGACGCGCAAAGAUGGUGGCGAUUCUCGUGGCUGUCUUGCUGUUGCUUGCACCAGCGAGCGGUGCCGAGAUGAGGCUGCCGCGCAAGUCACGAUUUGUUCAGCAUGGCGCUGGUGGCGGCAUGGGCACUGCGGUGAGCUCGAGUGACUCAGAGUCGCUGAAAGCCAUGAUGGACGACUCUUUAAAGCCAUGUGAGCAACCAGACAGACAGACAGACAGACAGAGGCAGAACGAUCACUGUCUCUCUUUGCAUGUGCGUGUGUUGCAGUGAAGAGCGAGAUUCGCAAGAUAGAGAGCGCACUGAACAUCAACGACGCAGGCACACAGUCAAGUCAGUGUCUCCCACGGAGAGAGAGAGACAGACAGCCAGACAGACAGAGACACACAUCCAUCCAUCCAUCCAUCCAUGUGUGUGUGUGUGUGUGUGCAGGUCUUUUUCCACGAUUCACGCAAGCCACCCAUCAGCAGCACGACGCCACCACUCCCCCCUCACAUCAGCAGGAUGACCUGAUGCGUGCCUUCAACGCCCUCGGUCUCAACACCGAGGCAGCUGACGCACUUGGCCAGAUUGCGUCAUUGCUGUUCGCCAAUGACCCUUCGCACAACAACGACGGCAACACAAUGACUCCGUCACGACUGGCAUAGAAAUGAGACACACACAUAACAUACACAGAGAGCGGAGAGAGUGGUGCACUGCACGCGAUGUGUGUGCGUGUGUGUGUGUUGUGCAGGUGCAAUUGGUGCAGUCAGCUCUGAGUCAGAGACCGAAUUCCGACGCAGACAAGACGCACAUCAACAAGUAAAUGAGGCAGUCAGCAGCAGGCCAGCCAAUCAAAUCCCUGACUCUUGUCUCGUGUAUAUCUUUCUGUCGCUCAGCGUGUUGGCGAAUUGGCGACAGUCGAUGCAGCAGCAGCAGUUGCCGCAGACACAGCAGUUGAUGGCAUCACCGCCAGUCUUCAACAACAAUGCACCGAAUGCACCGUUCAUGGUGAGUGAGGGAAAGCCACAAAGCAAACGACAAAACACACACAUGAAUGGAAUGUGGUCUAUGCACACCAGGCACCUCAGUUCAUGCAGCAGCCACAGGUGAUGCAGCAGCAAUAGUAAGACACACAAAAUGACAACACACCCACACCUGAAUACGUGUGUGUCUGUGUGCAGUUGGCCACCGAUGGCACCGAUGCCAUCUUGGCCAGUCGUCGCAUUUGCACAAGGCCAGCCUCAGCCCUGACGGACUGA